GCCGGAAUUACACAAGCGGCCAAAGUUGCCUUAAAAUUAUUUGUUUUAACUUAAGCUGAAUUAAUCAAUCUUCAAAAUGCCGUUCAUGAAGGGGCGAGAGCCAAUACGGCGCACACUUAAAUAUCUGAACGCUGGAAAACUGGUGUUAAAGGAUAAGGUGCGGAUAUUCAGCGUCAACUACAACACAUACGGCAAUCAUCAUGCUGGCGCCAGGGACUUUGUCUUUUGGAAUAUACCACAGAUACAAUUUCGGAAUCCUGAUGUUCAGGUUAUCACACUGAAAAACAUGACACCGUCGCCGUUUGUGCGCUGCUAUUUUGACGAUGGUCGGGAUAUACUCAUUGACAUUGAUACUCGGAAUCGGGAUGAGAUCAUUGAGCACUUGGUCAAGGUGGUUGGCAAGACACGAGAGCAACUGGUCGCGGAGGCACGUUUGGCGGAGAGUAAAGAUAAUCCGGCCAAUUUUGGGUAUGGCUGUGAACGGCACUGCAUCUGCGAAAUACCCGGGCAAGUGUCCUGCCCGGGCACCGUGCCGCUGCCGGAGCAAAUGCGUGGCAAAUUCAAGUUUGCUCCCAAAUAAAACCAUUACUUUAUUUUUUUUUUA